CUCUGUCGGGUCUUUCCGGGGCGGGUUCGGGCCGUUCCGGCGGGGUUCGGGCCCUUUCCCAGGCUGCCGCCGGGCUGGGAGGCAGGAGCGGGCUGGAGCCGAGCGGCGGCGGAUGGGGACGGCGAAGAGGGCCUCCAGCUGGUGGUUGCAAGGUCACCCUUUUCUGUAUGCAAAAGUUCCUGCAUAAAGGCUGUUUUGUCCCACUUGUUGUCUUCUUGUUUGCGCACUGGGAAGGGAGACAUAGCAUGCCACACCGUUCUGGGCUGGAAGCCUGCUGUGCUUUUGCCCCCUGGACUCCAAGAAACCUGCUUCUUUUUUGGUGAAGCGGAUCCUGCUCUCCUGUUUCUUUGCUGCAUGCCCACUCACAAGUGCUGGAUUAUGUUUGUCUCCUUCUCCCUUUGCUCCAUAAUUUGGUUGAAUCGUGGUUUCAAGCUAAGAAAAAGGGGCUGCACCUAAGCGCGCCAGGGCGCCCAGACCAGGCUCCUGGGGUGUUGGUUCAUGCAGAGACAUUGAGUGCUGAUGGGGGAGAGCUGCCUCUGAGGCCUCUCCUCUCCCGCGUGAAACGUGCUGCCUCAGCGUUUAGAACCCUUCUCCCCACGGCAGAGAAAUGGGCAGCACCGAUGGGUUCCAGUACCGUGCACUCUACCCCUACCGCAAGGAGCGUGAGGAGGACAUUGAUCUACUACCUGGGGACAUCCUGGUGGUGAGCAAGGGGGCCCUGCAAGCCUUGGGCUUCAAAGAUGGGGAUGAGCAGACCCCCAAUCAGAUUGGGUGGAUCCUGGGCGUCAACGAGCGGACCAAGCAGAAGGGCGACUUCCCUGGCACGUACGUGGAGUACGUGGGGCCUGUGAAGAUCUCCGUUCCCUCUCACCGGCCCCGAGUGCAAAGACCCCUGCCAGCCACGCCGGGGGCCAGUGGUUGCCGGCUGCCAGAGGCUCUGGAGCAAGGAUCUCCUCUCCCAGAUUUGCAGGAGCAGUUCAGCCCUCCCGAGAUUGCACCGCCGCUGCUGGUGAAGCUGGUGGAAGCUAUUGAGAAGAAAGGGUUAGACAGCGAGAUGUUGUACAGGACAUCUGGCUCCGAACUGAGGCAAGCGCUGAGAACCGAUUGGACCCUGGGUGACCUGGAGCCCUUUGACAUGCACUCCCUGGGCGAGGCGUUGCGAGGCUACCUGCAGGACCUGCCCUCCCCUGUGGUGCCGGUGUCCGUGCACGGAGACAUCCUUCGCAUCCUGCAGGAGAUCCCUCAGCCAGAGAAUUGCCGGAAGCAGCUGCUGCUGGCCCUGGAGUCGCCUGCGGUCCCGCUCCAGAACACGCUCACCCUGCAGUUCCUGCUUCGGCAUCUGGGGAAGGUAUCGCAGCAGGCCGAGAGCAACAGCCUCCACCCUCGGGCCCUGGGAGAGAUCUUCGGCCCCCUUCUUCUCCGGCUGCCUGGCGCCAGCCCAGAGCUGAGCCCUGACUUCUCCGUGCUGUUUUUGGAGAUACUUCUGCAGACGAAGGAAUUGGAGCCAGAACAGUUGCCUCCAGCCUUGCCUCCAAAACCACCUAAGCCAAAGCCCAGUGCAGCCAGCUUGGCCAAUGGGAACAGCGUGUCCUUGCAGGAUGCCGAGUGGUACUGGGGUGACAUUUCUCGGGAGGAAGUGAAUGAGAAGCUACGGGACACACCGGAUGGUACCUUCUUGGUGCGCGAUGCCUCCAGCAAGAUCCAGGGGGAGUACACACUCACGCUCAGGAAGGGAGGCAAUAACAAGCUGAUCAAGAUCUUUCACCGGGAGGGGAAGUACGGCUUCUCAGAGCCCCUGACUUUCGGCUCGGUGGUGGAGCUCAUCACCCAUUACCGGCAUGAGUCACUUGCCCAGUACAACGCCAAGCUGGACACCAGGCUGCUCUACCCCAUCUCCAAGUACCAGCAGGACCAAGUGGUGAAAGAGGACAGCGUGGAAGCCGUUGGGGAGCAGCUGAAGGUCUACCACCAGCAGUACCAGGACAAGAGCUGGGAGUAUGACCUGCUGUAUGAGGAGUACACACGCACUUCCCAGGAACUGCAGAUGAAGAGGACAGCAAUUGAGGCCUUCAACGAGACGAUCAAGAUCUUUGAGGAACAGUGUCAGACACAGGAGAAAUGCAGCAAGGAGUACAUUGAGCGCUUCCGGCGGGAGGGCAACGAGAAGGAGGUUCAACGGAUCCUCAUGAACUCAGAGAAGCUCAAGUCUCGCAUCACGGAGAUCCACGACAGCAAGAUGAAGCUGGAGCAGGACCUGAAGAAACAAGCCUCAGAGAACCGGGAGAUCGACAAGCGCAUGAACAGCCUCAAGCCAGACCUCAUGCAGCUACGCAAACUGCGAGACCAGUAUUUGGUGUGGCUGACGCAGAAGGGUGCCAGGCAGAAGAAAAUUAACGAGUGGCUGGGCAUCAAGAACGAGACAGAGGACCAGUACUCCAUGAUGGAUGAGGAGGAGGAGUUGCCCCACCACGAGGAACGAACAUGGUACGUGGGGAAGAUCAACCGCUUGCAGGCAGAAGAGAUGCUGUGUGGCAAGCGGGACGGCACCUUCCUGAUCCGCGAGAGCAGCCAGAAGGGAUGCUACGCCUGCUCCGUGGUGGUGGAUGGUGACACCAAGCACUGCGUGAUCUACAAAACAGCGACCGGCUACGGGUUUGCUGAACCCUACAACCUUUACGCCUCCCUCAAGGACCUGGUCUUGCACUACAAGCACACAUCCCUGGUGCAGCACAAUGACUCCCUGAAUGUCACGCUGGCUCACCCGGUCCUUUCCCAGCCACCAGCCAGAUGAGCAGCCCAUGCACAACACAACAGCUGCCUUCAGCUUCUCCCCAGGGCGCUGCUUUCUGGCUCUGGACUCUUGCACCCUGUAUAGUUGAGUCUCUGUGCUCCUGCCCCUCCAGAGCCUCUGAGAUGUUUGUGACCGUUCCUGAUGUCCCUUUUGGUCAGUAGCUGAAACCCGUGUUGGCUGGUGGGACAGAAAGGCUGGGCUGUUGAUUACCAGUGGGCUCCAGCCUCUAGGAGGUGGAAUCCAGUUGUGAUUGAAUUGCUGGGGGCGAGCACAGCCCCCUCCCCUUCCCUGAUAAGCAGGUCAGAUCCCCUUCUUGCUGGCAGGUCGCCCCGCUGUGUAUCACUGUAGAGCUAGGUUCCCAAUUCCUUGGUGCGCUACGGCAUUGGUCACCACCCCAGCUGAGCAGUCACGAGCGCUGCUGUGACCCAGGGGCUCCCUGCCUGAAUGCCGGAGGAAGCAGAGGAGGAGGCUCUGCUGAGUGUGUGCAUCCUCCACUCUCACUUCCCUCAGUGAUCUCGCAGGCUGCGGUUAUGUCUGGUACGAGGGGUGCUGCUCUUCCGUGCAGAGACUUACUUAGAAAGGAGAAACCCCAUCCUCCGUGGGGCUUCUUGGGUGAGGCCUCUGCUCCAUGCUGUGCCCCACCUCACAGUCCUGUUCCCUAGUGUCAUAACCACCUCUUGAGUGUUGCUGUCUGGGGAGGGAGGAUCUGGUUAGCGAUGAAUCUCUCGCCUUAGUUGUGCCAACUAAGCUGUGAAAUCCAUGUUGGUACCCGUGUUUUUCCCGGCAGAAUCGAUGGGAUGCACAGCUGCUUGUUUCUGGCUGUCUUCGGUGAAUCUCUGCAAACGUAACCCAUUGAAGCUAACUGUAGCUCUGUAAAUAUGGUUCUUUUUGUAAUCGGCUGCUUACUUAGCACUGGUGUUUGCUGAACUGCCACUACGAUACACAAGCGCGUGGGCAGCAGCUGGCCAGGCUGUUGCAGACUCGGGUCCUGCCAGCUGAAGCAGGAGGGGGCCGGAGUCCAACACACACUACGAGCCCUACACAAAAUGAAGGACCUCUCUGCUGCAGGAGGAUGGUAUCUCUGCUGGGCCAAGGGCCUUAGCGCAUAGAAAUGUAUAUGCAUGAUGUCGAACUAUGUAUGCAAAGCACUUAUAAUCAUGAGUACUGUAUGGGGGCUUGGGGUGAAGGAGCUGGGGGUUGCUGUAGUGCUGCCCAUCAUAGCUGGCUGGCGCGGGCAGGGGGUUGGUGUCUCAGAGUUCAGAAGGCUCGAGGGCAAUGGAGGUGGCCUGGAAGAGCUUUAAAAACUGGGCUUGGGCUGAGAGUUGAGGCUGUGGUGGCAUUUGCUUUACUGGGUUGUCCUGUCUGCCUGCCUUGAAGAAAGCAUUGAUUGUCCUCUUGGUUUGCCAGAGAGGCUCUUUCCCUCUUGGAGGCUGCAUCCUCAGGAUGGGUUGGUGGUUGCUGUUGGCUUUGCCGCUUCUGUUUUGUGUUGCGACUAGGGCUCCACUGGAUCUGCAGGGUGCUGCGUGCUCAUGCUUUGCCUGCAUCCUGUCCUUGAGAGUCCUUGACAUCCCAUCUGCGUCGGGGACCACGCUAUCCCUCCUCCCCUGGUCAGCUCUGCUGCUUGCCCUGCUCUGAGCUGGUGCCCAGAUCCUUUUGGAUCUGGGAUUGAUGGAGCAAGCAUCCCAUUCCUGUUGCUUGUGGCUCAACUCCUAUGCUUGACUGUACAGACCCCAUUCGCUGCUCUGCAUGCCCUCUCCAGGCCCCGGGCCGUGUUUUCUGGUUCUGGUUUGUUGGUGUUUGGCACUCUGAGGAUGCCGGGCAGCAGUGCUGUCCCUGACCCAUCGCAGCUCAGGUGCCCAAGUGCUGUGGAAGGGGCAGUCAAUAGGAGCUGCGGGGUGCAGAGCCCAGGAGAAGCUGUGUUUGGCUUUGGGGAUCACUUGGGAAAAGCUGUUACGGAUAAUUAAGGGAAUAAUUUGGGCUGGGGCAGGUGAGAGAUGAGAGCAUGUGAGGAUGGGGCAGGGAGGCACGGCGCUCGUAGCUCUGUCUGCAGGGGCCUCCCUGGGUCUGUAGGAUGGCUGAGAGCACCGUGCCAGCACCCCAGAGCUUUCUGCCAGGCUCCCACACUGGUCGUGAUGGCACAUUUUCAGCGUGGGGACUCCAUGCUGGUCCUGUGCUCAUUCCCGCACCACGGGGCAGGCUGCAGGCAGAUGGGCUCCUACAGCCUGAGCUCGGGGCCGGUGCUGCCAGGGGGUUUGCUCCCGGCACGUGCCAUGGCCUGCCAAGCAUCCGGGAGAGUCUCCAGCUUCAAGCUGUUGCUUGUCAACACUUUGCUUGGUGCUUGCCUGGGUUCUGCUGGCCGGGGAAAUUCCAGCUUCUCUUGACUGGUUAGUUUUUUUUAUCCUUCCAGCUGAAUUUCUGCUGUUCUCCCUUGUGAUGUCCCUUCCCGUCACUCAGCUGGAGCCUUUUCCUCCCCAGGAGCAUGGGUAGCUCAGCAUGAGCGCAGGGGUUCCUGGUCACCCCCUGCAUCUUCCAGCAGUGCCCUCCCUGCCCGCCAGCACCCAUCCCCGUGGCCCAUCCCAGACAGAGCUCUGCUCACGAGUCCUGUGUACGACAAGGAGGAAAAUGCCCUUCCCUAGGGCUGCCUUCCCCUGACGGUGCUUGACUUGGCUCCCUGAAAUGCAGAUUUUCCCUCCUCUGCCCCCACUGGGGUAGAAUUGCAAGCCCCGAGCUCCCUGCAGUGCCGUUCCCCCAGAAUAAGCUAGUUAUUUGUCCUUUGAUGCUUUUGCUCGUGCUGUUCAUGCCGCCGGCCGAACCCGGGUAACGAUGUGUUUCAAGGCCCUGGGCUGUGCUUUGCUGCUUGUGGCCCUCCCUGUGUCCCCCCAGCCAAGCCACACACCCCUCUCCCGUGGGUGCAAUGUGGCUGUUCCUGCUCCCCGGGGCACAGCUGGGGUCUUGUCCCCUCCCUGUCCAGCUUGGGAUGCUCCGUACUCCCCCAUGUAACCCCUUCGAGGGCUCUCAUGUCACCAGAGGCUUUGUUCUCGGAGAGGAUGUGGCGGCUGCGUGAUUGCUCCUGAGAUUUUAGUUCCUAGGUAUAUGCAAUAAUAAAUAAUUUGCCACUUCAGCUGUUCGUUACCAGCAGUAGUUCUCUAUGCUCUUUCUGUUGAUGUUUACUAAUGUAAACCCAGUAUUUGUUACUGUAAGAGGAUUUUUGUAUGGUACUUCAAAAAACAAACCCCACAAAAAACCAAACCAAACCAACAAAAAAAGAAAUAAACAGAAUUAAUGAAA